UGUUUAUAGCCCGGUGGACCGCUUCAACCCGCCUCAACCCGCUUUAACCCUGUUUGGCCCGUCACAGAUGCAGGGCGCGUGGUGUGGCCUCGGGCCCGCGCACUGGAGCGCGCUCACCCACAAACGGGUGGCUGUGCACGCGCACAACGGGCACGAGCUCCGCGGGUUCGUGGUGACAGUGGACCCGGUGUCCGCGAGUCUGGUUCUGGUCGACUUUGGCUCUGGUGAGGUCCAGGUGGUUUUGGGACACGCUGUAAAAGACGUCCAGAUCCUGGACCAGGACCUGGACCCGGACCUGGACCUCAAGAACCGACUGGAGACGCUCUUCAGAGACCCAGGUGACGAGGACUCGAGCCUGGACUUGGACCGGACCAGGACCCGGCUCCUUGAGUGGAUUCGUCUGAACCGGGUCCCGGUAGAGACUCGGGGGGCGGGGCUGGCGGUGGCGGGGGGCGUGGUCACAGUGAACCCGCCCUUCAGAGUUCAGGACUGUGUGGGUCUGAACCAGGUGGUACUGGACCGGAUCCAAAGACUGAUCCAGAACCAAUCACGGGACCAGGACCAGAGCCAAGACCAGGAUCAAGACCUGGACCAGGACCGGGACUCACCCAGGUCUGAUCCUUGACCGAAGUCGAACUGAAGCGUCUACUCCUGGUCCGGUUCUGAGUCCCGGGUCGUCACCAAGAUUCUGUUUGUUCAGUUUGAAAAAGUUCUGUUGGUUUUGCCAAAAAAAUGUUUAAAACAGAAAAGACCAAAGUUCAGUUUGAAGCUUUUUAUUUAUGUACAGCUGCGUCAUUAAAGGGCUAAAGCCCCGAGACCGGACCCGGAGUCCGGACCCGGAGACCGGACCCGGAGACCGGACCCGGAGACCGGACCCGGAGUCCGGUCUUAGAUCCGGUCUGGAGCUGGGGUUUGUGGGUCGUUACAUUCACAUUAAUGUCUCUGAGAAAAA